UUUCUUUUAGCUUUAAUGCUUCACUUUAUAUAUGGCCAGGUUCCAAUUCCGAACCGGAAGCUUGGAUACAUUUAUGGAGAUGUGAAAGGUCUGACUAGAAUUAAUGUGGAUGCUUUUAUGGGACCUGUCUGUCCUGAGAGUAAAAUGGCAUUCCCUACUCUUUUACAACUGGCAAAUCACUAUGGACCAAAUGUUCUUACUCUCAGAAUGCAUAUGUUCCCGCUUCCGUACCACAGAAACUCGUUUCUUGUUGCUAUGGGUGCCCAGAUUAUUAACCAGCUAUCUGACUCACAACAAGGUGUUUUCAACUGGACGGGCAAUAUAUAUAAUAAAAUAGACAGCUUAUCUAACAACGCCACCAAAGCAAUGUCCGAAACCAUGGUGAUCAGUAUGCUUAGUGAUAUAGCAGUGGAGCUAGGGGUACAGAAAUCGACCUUUAUCCAAAAGAUGGCAGACCCUAUGGUCGAUGAGGACACACGAGUGGAAUGGAAAUACACAUGCACUCGUGGGAUAUCCGGAACCCCCAUGUUUACGGUAAAUGAUGUAAUAGUGCAAGCUGAUGCAUCAUGGAGUCUAGAAGAGUGGAAGAAAGUUAUAGAUCCGCUCCUAAAGAACGGGUCCACCUCUUCUAACCACUCCGUAUAUUUCACUGGUUGCAAGAUUGGAACCACUAAGUGCGAGUAUCUGCCAGGAAAGGUCGAGUGCUGUACCAAAGGAGAGGCGUGUAUACCAAAUGUUGGCUGUCGUUGUUAAGGCGUGAUAAAAUA